AGGUCUUUUCCAACCAUAAUGAUACUAUGAAAUCCCUCUUGGGGUGGGCGUAAGAGCAAACAAGCCCGUCAGCAGCUUGUGUUCUUCUUUAAACCCAUCCCGAUCCUGCUCUGGGUGCAUUUGUACCUCCACUGGAAUUGAUUUAAAUUAAAAUAACAGCAGCCAUGAGACGUGGAGAGACGUGAUCCACCCAAACACUCAUCUUCUGAACUUUGAGCCCUGCCUAAAAAUAGCACAUCUCCCUUUUUGGGGUGCAGUCCUGACCUGUUGGGUGCUGGGAACCCCACGCAGCUCCUUCAUCCAGUGCCAGCCUGGGCAGAGGUUGUUCUGGAAUGGACACUUUUAGGAGCAGAGCAGGUUUAGGACUCGUUCAUUUGAAGGCAUCAUUACCGAGCAGCCAAAUUAAUUGUAAUGACUGCAGUGUGGUAAGUGGGGGAUGCUGCGAGCGUGUCCAUGUGAGAUGGGGUUUUACAUCUCAUCAUCCUCAGAUGCCUUUCCCUGUGUUAAUUUAUCCCAAGUUCUCCCUCUUUAUUUUCCCCGUGGGGUGAUGGUGUCAGAUACAAAACCUGCUCAUGAGGUUUUCUCCCAUUCCAGGAGUCAGCCACAAAUCUGCCUUUUCCUUAUCUUCCUGCAUUCCUGGAACCAGGUGGCACAAGCUGCACUCCAAGCCCGGCAAGAAGGAGAAGGAACGUGGUGAGAUCCAGGUGAGCAUCCAGUUCACACGCAACAACCUCACGGCCAGCAUGUUCGACCUGUCCAUGAAGGACAAACCACGGUCACCCUUCGGCAAGCUGAAGGACAAGAUGAAGGGCAAGAAGAAGUACGACCUGGAGUCGGCUUCUGCCAUCAUCCCCAGCAGCGUGGGCGCGCUCGACAUGGAGGAUGAUUACGACGUCGGUGGCAAGAAGUCCAAAGUGAAGGGCUUCUUCCUGAAGAACAAGCUGCGCAAGUCGUCCCUAACGCAGUCCAACACCUCGCUGGGAUCCGACAGCACCAUCUCAUCAGCCAGCCUGGGCAUGGCCACCAGCGGCCCCGAGGUAACCAGGUCCCCCAGCAGACACAGCAGUCUGUCCACGGAGCGCUCCGUGAAGGACUUUUUACCUUCUCCGAAGCUGACCCACAAGAGAGCACUCAGUGACGACGUCUCCCAGGUCAGCCCUGUCCUGGAGCCAAAAUCAAUCCUCAGCCUGAAGCCAAAGACAGAUCCCGUGUCCCGCUCCUCCCUCUGCAUCAAUGGGAGCCAUGUGUACAGUGAUGAGCCCACCCCGAGGAGCCCUGUGCCCACCUCGCAGGGCUCCACGCCGCUGCCUGUCCCCAAAAGGCCGGAGGAGGGUUUUGGCUUCAUCCCGAUCCACACCGACCCCCACGAGGUGCCCUGGGGGGCCAGCAGCUUGGAGAGGACGCAGCAAAGGGACGAGAUGAGAUUCAUCCCCUCUCCUCCCAGCUUGGUUUUGCAGGAAGAGCUCAAGGUGUCCACCAAAGCUGUGACCCUCAGCAACCACCUGGGCAGAGCCAGGAUGGAAGAAAACAGCCGCCUGGAGAACAAGCCAACCCAGGUAGCAACACCCAUGGUCUUCUCUGCAGAGGUGACAAAGGAGAAGCAACCUGAGGAAAUAAGGAAGGAAGAGAAGAAAAUAAAGGGCGGGCUCUUCCAUAAGAGUGAUGCGGGGAGCAGGGGCCAGGGGGAGAAAACUGGAGCCUCGCACGGCCCUGCAGCAGUGGGAGAUGACAGGAGCAAGGCUGGCAGCUGGUUUGGUUCCAAGGAGCCCAAAGACUCCCCCAGAAACCCAGGCUUCUCCAUACAGUUCUUCUACCUUGUAAGGAGAAGCCUGGAUGAGCCACCAGCUAAAGCGUUUGUGGUGUGUGUGGUGUAUGCUUACAGCACUGUCACAGCAUUAACCAGGAGGACUGUUUUGUCUUCCCUCCACAGCCUGGAAGUGUCUCCUCAGGUAGAAACCAGCUCAGAUGCUCCUUCUCAUUUUCCUCCCUGCUCCCCUGCCCGGUUCCCUGCUGCUGCUGUAGCCCAUCUUGCUCGCAUGCUGAGCCCUAACCUCCCUCCUGCUACCGGAGACAGUCAGCCCGGAUGCUUGUCCCCUACCAACCCAUUCCUCAACUCCCUGCAGAGCAAUCCCUUCUUUGAGGACCUCCUCGCUGACCAGGUACUAAAUUCUCCUUCACCUACUCACUUUUUCUCUAGUUUCCCGUCUGAGCCGCAUGCUUCAACAGAGGUCGCUGGGAGCUUGUGUUCCUCUGAGGAUUGCAGUCCCUCUGCCUCCCUAAGACUUAAAGAUCCGGAGGGAGAAUCUCCAGCCAAAAGCGUUGGUGUCCCCGUGCCCGAAACCACUCCUCCGUCCCAUGCAGACCCUCCUCCAGAUGAGGAACCCGCUGCCUCUCCUCCUCCCCUCUCAGAGUGGGAUGAGACCUUCGAUGCCUUUGCCACCAGCAGGCUCAGACCAGACCCAAAGAAGGAGGACUUCUUUGCUUCGGUGGCGGCGGAGGGCAUGGCUUUCAUCGACGAUCCCGAUGCCGCCAGCCCCACAGAACGGUCAGCUGAGCCCGAUCCUGAGGAGGGGACAAAGGGCUUUGAAAAGGCCGAGCCACAAAUCAGCAGCGAAAUGCCCCCAGUGCUGCGGUCUUGGACGAAUUUCUCUGGUUUGGAUGUUGGGGCAAACCUGGUGAGCACAACCCAGGAAGCGACUGUGAUAGAGGAUGUGCUGAGCCCCGUGUCCGCAGGGUCGGCAGCGAGGAGGAGGAAGAGCAGCACGCCGAUGGUUUGGGCCACCUCAUUGUCGUCUGGAAAUCCAGGGGAAAAGGAGGCUUCCACCCUGCUGAGUGCUGAUAAUUGUGCCGGGGAGGAACGGGACAGUAAUGAGGAUGAAACCUCAAGUGUAGGGGAGAAUGGCUGGAUGACCAUUGCCACCGAAACUGCGCCCGAUCCUUCUGAGAGCACCCAGAGCAUUGGCCAGGGGAGCGUGUUUGUGCAGCGGUCCUUCCAUGGUGAGGGCACCUUUGAAACAAAAAGUACUCCUCAUGUCCUUCCCCGAAGCACCUUCAGCUCUGAAAACACAGCAGAAACACUACCGGGCAGCAAUGUGGCUGCUGUACCCCCACGGGUGCUGCAGGACAUGGCAGCAGGGUGCUUCCCCGUGGCUCCGGACAUGGGGAAGGAGCUGCAGGAUGAUGGCGGGGAGAUGUUUGACAUCAGGAGCUCGGUGUACCGGUUGCAGGCCAGCAUGCGGUUGGAGGCUGGCGAGGGCCAUGUGAAGAUGGGCUCUGAUGCUGUCCUCACAAUGUGGACGGGUGUGCGAGGGAAGGAGGAGGUCAUGCCACCUCCCAAACCUCCGCGGUGGUUUGCGGCCGUGUGUGGCAGAGGGGAGGAUGAGAACAAUGCUAGUGAUGCAACGGCAAGGCAGCGAGGUGGGGAGGAGCAGCAGGAAGGUGAGGAGGGCAUGGAGCAACCACAGAGCCAUCCGAGCGGUGACACGGCUGUCCCAGCACCUCACACAGCUGUGCAUGAGGAUGCUGCUGACGUGGAGGCUGGAGGGGACACCUCCCUGGGAGAAGAGCCACCGGAGAUGAACGGGACGGAUGCAGCCGAACACUUUGAGACCUGCCCCUCCAGGUUCUCCGUGGAUGAGCUCACCCCGUCGGGUGCUGCAGGGAGCUGGAGUCAGCCGGCUUUGUCUCCUGUGUCACAGCUCAGCCUCAGCGCAGAGCCAUCAAUAGCCCGAGAGCAGGAGGAAUGCCCUGAGGAGCUCGGUGUGUCAGCACCAGACCUGUCCCCCAGGCCGGACUCAGGCCAACCCGAGAACUUCUGGACGGCAUUGGAGGAGCAGGAGGCAUUGGGCCGCCCUCACAGGUUAGCGCCGGAGCAGGACCAGGGUGAGGGGCCAGCGGUGGGCUGUCCCCAUCAGGCAGAGCAGGGCUGGCCGCCUGCAGGGAUAGACUUCAAGAAGGCGGAAUUUUGGAAGCCAGGUAGAACGGAGGAGAGGAGCGAGCAGGAUGCUGCAAGCCCGGGCAAUCCUUUUGCUCUGGCAGUCAGCCCUAUUGCCCCCGCAAAUCCCUUUCUGGAAAAGCCAACAGGCGCCCUUCCCAUCCAGGCUGUGAUGCCUGAAAGGUUCGUUCAGGGCUUCAGCUCCCCCGAGCUCUAUGGGGAAGCCCUUCAACAAGGCUUCCAGCCCACUAACCCCCCAAGAGACCCGCUAGGCAAUCCUUCCCUGCAUGACAGCCAGCCCUUGGCCUUCUCCACCCCUUUCCCCGUGGCUGUGACUAACCCCGAGCAGUUUGAUUUCCCCUCCCCUGCCGCGACCAGCCAUGCCGCAGCCCAGCCCUGCCCUUUGCCGCAGUCCGGUGACACACAAGCUUCAGCACUCGUGGUUUUGCCCAGGGAGACACAGCCAGCUGAGAAGCCCUUUUUCCAGCAGACGACCAGUCCUCACCCGGUGAAACCCAUCAGUGCUGCAGUGCAGGAGGUCUCCAGUGAGAAGAAGCAGCAGAACAAAUCCAGCCUGACCGCAGCGCUGAGCAAUGGCCUGGAGAAGCUGAAAACAGUCACCACAGGCAGCGUUCAGCCUGUGGCCCCCUCGUCACACCUGGAGAAAACAGACCCAAAGAAGGAUCCCAAUGUGUUGGACCAAUCAGCCAAGUAUUAUCAUUUGACCCAUGAUGAACUCAUCCAGCUCCUACUGCAGAAGGAGAAGGAGCUGAGUAAGAAGGAGGAGCACAUCCAGGAACUGGAGAAUUACAUUGACCAGCUGCUGGUGCGCAUCAUGGAGCAGUCUCCCACGCUCCUCCAGAUCCCGCUGGGGGAAGCCAAGACCAAGUAACCUCCUGGCAGAGACCAGCAUCACUUGCCUAAAGCACUUCCAGUAAACACGCUGCAAGCAUCCCUGCACUCCCCCCUCCUCUUACAGAGGGCUUCUCCAGUGGCUUCUGUUCGCAGAGUUUAGCAGGAAUGGUUAUCUGCUCCUUCCCAACCUAAGCUUAUUUCAGCUCUGGCUCCAGGGAACUGUAGGGUGGUGGGCUGUCAUCCACCCUAUGGGGAGGAGCAGAGCCUUCCUCAGGAGGCAGAUGCUUCCUGAUGUUCCUGUCAUAACCAAGUAGCAUCUUCUCAGGCACUCAUCCUACCAAUGCUUUAAGUGGUCCAUGAACAUUUGGGAGCUGGAAACCAGCCACCUCACCCUUGUCUUCAUCCUGCUACUGCUGCUCUUCUGCCUAGACUCUUCCACAGGCUCUUCUCUGAAAUGGUGUGCUCUGGCUGAUGGACAGCGUUAAACUGGCUGACAAAAUUGGGGAUGCCUAAACUCAGUAAGAGUCUACCAGCAUGUUACUGUCCAGUAAGUCUGCUCAGCAGGGCAGCUGGGGAAGGGGCUGCUGCUGGAUGCCUCAUUUCCCUUCCUGCCCCGUAUGUUGUACCCACAAAGGAAGGCUCUGAACAGCUCCUCUUUGUGUCAGUACCUGGUUCAGCAAGAGGCAGUACACAAAGCCACAGUGCUGCAGUCAGGGGCUGCAAAGACUCAAGCCAACAUCACUGCCUGAUUGUGAGCUGUGCUGGUUCCUUCUCUGCGUGCAUGGUUGUGAUGCUGCCUUACAGACCCAGCCCAAAACUGAACUCGUAGAGAAGGGCCAGUGAUGGUUUGUGCACCAUCAGUGCUGCAGGAGAUCUUGCAUGGCACCCAACCCAUCACCAGGUGGGCUGUGCCAGGAAUACUCCUGUAUGCAGAAACCACAGCUGGAUUUUCUGAUCAGUAUUACAUUUCCUCUUUUCUGCAUCUGCAAGAAUUGCUUUCCACUGGCAGCCCCCUAUAAUUGACUUUGUGUUGUCAUUAUCAAUGCAACAAGGAAAACGCCAUACAGACCGAAGCUAGUGUGCAAAGAAAGAUGUCUGGCUGCCCAGCCACCUCUAUGCAUGAUGUCCCGUUAGGUCAGACAUCCACCAAACACAUGCAAACCACAUUCUGUGAAAGCUAGCAAUCCAGUAAUUAACGUGGAUCACUUUCAAGUCAGUAUUAGUGCCAGAACAGCUAGAAUUGUAUCACACCUCCACGCCAGCAUCAGGUCUCUGGCAGCUUGGGCCCACCCCUAGAAAUGCUAGGCCAGCUCUCUCAGGACUUGAAUGCUUCUUGCUAACUUGGAGUGACUGUAUGAAGGCCUCUGUGUUGCUUGAUGUGAUAGAUGGUGUUGGUGUGGGGUUGGUGAGUGGUGCUCCCGGCCACAUCGCAGUACAGCGCAGCUUCUGGUUUGGAGGUGCUGGGGAAGGGCACAAAACCUCUCCUUUUGUCAAGUAUUUUACCUAGAAGGUGCCCAUGCAGACAGAGGGUCAGCUGGUGUGGGACUUGAGCUGUCUCAGCAUGUAGGGCGUCUUCUUUUUGCUGCAGAUAUCCAAAAGUUACUGGAUUUUUUUUAAACCUUUGUAUUCUUUUCUCCUUCCUUACUUCAGCAUAUGCCAUGACUGAAAAAUUGUGCCUUUUGCAAUAGAACAGUGGCAGUUCCCUAUGAGAAAAGGCUCUGAAAUUCGAUUCUCAGCUGACUAACACAGCUUGGCCAGCUUUCUGUUCUGCUUGCCUGCUAAUUUGAACUAGGUGAGUCUAUGUUUUAAAGCAGUCAGCAGAGCCUUCCCAUCCCUGUGGGCAAUUUGUUUUGGUCUUUGACAGAAGUGCUGCAUGAACCACUCCGUGAUAUGGCAGAUGUAGAUAGAUGUAGAUAGAGGAGGUGAUAAUGAGGGAAGGUGUGGCAGAUAUUACAAGACCAGUUGCAGCUGGAUAAAGGCACUAUUGGGUCACACUCAAAGCCUGAGGCUGACAGAAGUAAGAGGUAUCAGCUUAAAAGGAGAUUUGGCAUCUCUGCUAGUGACAAUAUUUGGUCAUGUCUAGCUUGCAGACUGUUGUAAUAACAGGAGGAUUUGUUAUCCUGGAAGAUAGCAGCCAUGAGCCAUUAGCUCCUACCUGUGCUUGUCCCUAAUAGGGAGCUAAUUGGGGUUUUGCACCUCGCUACCUGCAUCUUUAUGUUUCUCCUCCCUCCGUAUGUCUCAGAUGAAAGGAACUUCAAUUUCUGGUGUAAGAUGUGAGUCCUGCAGUGGCCAUCCUGGCUCGCUGUUGCCUGACAAUCAGCUGUUUCCUUGGGUUUCUCCCAUCAGUGACAGGCAUUACAGGUGCUCCCCACACACAAGUGCCAGUGCUUUUAGCUCAAUACACCUCCUCCUCGUCUCUCCUCCUCCUCUUCUAUUGCAUCUAACCGCCUCCAUAUGCCCCUCUCUGCCUUAGGCGGCUCUGCCUCUUCUCCCAAAGCUUGAAUGUUUUGCACUUUAUAUAUUCAAGUUGAUCUCAGAGCUCCAGAGGGCCGUGUCUGGGCCCCUUCAGCAAUACGUGCUUCCUUCUGCCACCUGCGGCUCACGGGGCUAUGGAGAGAAGCAAGUGGUGGGGACAGCCAAGGCUGCCGUCACCUUUCAUGUCUGUCAGAGCAUUUGGAAGUCCAGAGGUACUUACAGACGAUGCUCAUGUUUAGGAGAAGGCAUCUGAAAAGUGCUUUUGUCUUUUCUUUGUUUCUCAACCUCAGUAUUCUGAGAACGUUCCUCUCCCCACCCUCCCCAGUUUUUAUUCUCUGCAUUAAAGCAAGCAUUUUACACCACUAACAAUGCUGUAGCCAGAGCGUGUAACCAGAGGACCUCGCUGCUUUGAAGAAUAACCGGGGGAAAUGUUGUCAAGUUACGUUCCAAAUCCAUGUUUAGUGAUUAUCUUCCAAAGGGAGGUGAGCAGCACUGCUUUCUGUGCAGGGCAAUACCCAGAGCUGCGCUGCUCCGUGCGGAAUGAGCAGACAGACGGACGUGAAGGAAGCUGCCUGGGCCAGCAGCAGCUUUUGGUGAUUCUGUUUUAAACACAGCCACAGCAAUAAUUCUGUCUUUUGCCUUUUGCACCCUUAUCUGUCCUUCUCUUUCCACAUUCAGACUGUUUGAUGGGUUUUCUGCAGGGCGCUGUUGCUCUCAUCUGCUCUGCUUUUGUUGUCAGCCCACAGCUGGCUUUCUUGCUGUUAAAGAACUGUGGCCAAGUGAUUGAUUUUUGUCUUUGUUGCCUCUUCUGUCCCAAAAUGAUGGGACAGAAGAGCAGCUGAGGUAUAUCCUUAAACUGGAACAAACCUGAAGGGAUGUGGAUGCCGAAGUGUGAUGUAGACCCAGCCAUAUGCCUUGUCUGUGAAGGAACAGCUGCGUUCUGUGUCAUAAACGUGGGGUGGAAAACCACCCCAAAAUCAGAGAGCUCAGUGUUGGGGGUUUUGGAGUUGUUGAUUCCCUGUACUUUGUGUACGCGGGAGGUGGGUUCUGUGUGUUUCAUGUUUUAAUAGUUUGCAACUAAUGUUUAUAAAGAGAGCUUGUUAUUUACAUUUUAAGCACUUUAAAAAAAAAAAAUAAAAGUUGUUCAAGCUGU